AUGGCAGACCACUUACAUUCUCGCGAAGGAUCUGAUGCUUCCCUCAACAAUGCAUCGAUUGCUUCUCCGCGAUCCAGCACCGAAUCUCGCUCUCGAAAUCCACUUCGCAUUUCAGCAAACCACCAGCAUAGACAAAGCUUGAGCGAGUCGCUUCGCGGCCCGCCAGGUUCCCCCCGUGCACGCCGGCAGCCAUCACUCCCACAGUCGGCCAUCCAGAGCCUUAUCGAUAAUCCACCGCCACCCAAGGCUAGCAACCCUGCCUUUGUUGGUCGUGAUUGGAGAGAGAUAUCAGUUGGGGAGCUGGUCAGCCCGGGCGACCUGAAGUUUGUCGAGCUUGAUACAGGCAUUGAAGAGGCGACGAACAUUUUGAUUGAUUCAGGUGGCGCUGUGCUGUUGAUUCGCGAGACACCCGAGUCCACUUCUGCCGUGGGCACAUUCGACUAUGCCGAUCUCAAUUCCUAUCUCCUUUUAGCAGCGGGCCUGACACAUCCGGACGAAGCACAUCAAGCGUCAUAUGACGAGCUAGCCAAGAAAGCCCACAACGGCGUGCCCAUUCCAUUAAGAGAUGUGAAGAAGUUCGGUAUGGAGAAGGAGCCGCUGAUCAAGCUGCCAGCGUCGGCCAAUGUCUUGGCCGCGGUUGAGAUCUUUGGUGGUGGUGUUCACCGGGUUGUGGUUGUCAAUGAGUCAAAUGACCAAGAAGUGGUCGGGAUUUUCAGCCAGUUCCGACUGGUCAAAUUCCUCUGGGAAAAUCGCCGCAGUUUCCCGAUUAUUGAAGAGCUCUACCCGAGGGCUCUGAAUGAGCUAGUUAUUGGAUCUCAGGAAGUGAUCUCCAUCAAUGGUGAUAAACCCCUCUCUGAUGCUCUCCAUGUGAUGAACAAUGAGGGUAUGUCCUCGAUCGCGGUGGUUGAUAACUACUUGAACGUGCUUGGGAAUAUCUCCACGGCGGAUGUCAAGCUCUUGACCCGAUCAUCUUCAUUGCCACUUCUGCAUAACACCUGUACCCACUUUAUCUCGAUUAUUCUAUCUACACGGGGGUUGAUUGAGGGUAAAGACUCAUUCCCGGUCUUCCACGUCAAUCCUGGAUCGACACUCGCUCACACAGUCGCAAAGAUCGUGGCAACUCGAUCGCAUCGACUCUGGGUGACCGAUCCGUUAUCUCCCACCUCAUCAGGACCGCCAACUCCAUCGCAAUCUUCCGUACACCUCCCUCUUUCCAACAGUAUCAGCCCAGCUACCGGAGGUACUGCAAAUUCAGAAUCUUCUGAAGAAGCUGUGACAUCUUAUGCACAGCCCUCUCAAUAUGCCGCCCCUCACCUACCACCUCCUAACCCACCCUUCACGUACCCAGCCGUGGCGGUCUCAGUGCCAUCACCCAUCUCGCAUUCUAUUCCCUCGUCCGCCCUAGACGGAGCCCGAGUGUCCGGACGCCUCGCCGGAGUGGUCAGCUUGACUGACAUCCUGAACCUGCAUGCCCGAGCCAGCGGGCUGAACCCGGCCGACCCGGCCGACUCUCGUAGCCGCCGCCGACGCAGUAGUUCGUCGAGCCAGAGUGUCCGCCGCAGCGGUGACAUUGGCCGGGAGCUUUUCAGUCGUGGUGGCAUGUAA